AUAAACAUAAUAAUUACCCUGCUCACCAACAUGCUUCUAUCUACACUACUUGUACUCAUCGCAUUCUGGUUACCCCAACUAAAUAUUUACGCAGAAAAAGUAAGCCCCUAUGAAUGUGGGUUUGAUCCUAUAGGAUCCGCCCGUUUGCCCUUUUCCAUGAAAUUCUUCUUAGUAGCCAUCACAUUUUUGCUAUUUGACCUAGAAAUUGCACUACUACUCCCCCUCCCCUGAGCCUCACAAACGAAUAAUCUACCAACCAUACUCACCAUAGCCCUACUACUAAUCUCACUACUAGCUGCAAGCCUAGCCUAUGAAUGAACCCAAAAAGGACUAGAAUGAACCGAAUA